CUCCCGGAAACCUUCCCUGGUCCACAGCCCCAGAGGCACCCUUGGCAUGUGGUCUGGUGUCUGGUUCAUCUCCUAUAAGACUGGAAACAGGGCCCAGGGAUUGCAGCCUUGCCUACCGGCUGAGUCACUUUCACAACUUGCUAUCUGUCCACUCACUGAUCCGCCAUGAUGAAGACCAUUGGAAAAGCAUCUCUCAACUGAAUCGCAAGAGUGGGACUUUCCCUCUGGGAACCCCAUUCUCUCCACCUGAUCCCUAAUUCCGCUCCAGCCGUCCAGGGUUCCUCCCACCACCAGGGGGCGUCGGCGCUGAAGAGAGCCUUCUAGCCGCAGCAGGCGACGCUCUAGGUAGCGGCUGCUCCGUGGCCCGUGGCAGUGGCGCUCUAGCCCGCGGUGUGCGGGGCGAGCUCUCAGUGGUGCGGCCGGCGGGCGGCGAUGGCGGCCGUACGGGGCCUUCGAGUGUCGGUGAAGGCGGAGGUCCCGGCGGGGCCGGCCUUGGGGCCCCCGUCGCCAGAAGCGGAGUCAGGUUUGGACCGCGGCGAGCCGGAGCCCAUGGAGGUGGAGGAGGGCGAGCUGGAGGUCGUGCCGGUUCGGCGCUCGCUGAAGGAACUGAUCCCGGACACAAGCAGAAGAUAUGAAAACAAGGCUGGCAGCUUCAUCACUGGAAUCGAUGUCACCUCCAAGGAAGCAAUUGAAAAGAAAGAACAGCGAGCCAAGCGCUUCCAUUUUCGAUCAGAAGUAAAUCUUGCCCAAAGAAAUGUAGCCUUGGACCGAGACAUGAUGAAGAAAGCAAUCCCCAAAGUGAGACUGGAGACAAUCUACAUUUGCGGCGUAGAUGAGAUGAGUACCCAGGAUGUCUUUUCGUAUUUUAAAGAAUAUCCUCCGGCCCACAUUGAAUGGUUGGAUGACACCUCCUGUAAUGUGGUUUGGUUGGAUGAAAUGACAGCCACACGAGCCCUUAUCAAUAUGAGUUCCCUGCCAGCCCUGGAUAAGAUAAGAGGCAGGGAUGUCAGUGAGGACAAGUCAUCUGAGAAAAGUAAAAAAGACAAGCAGGAAGACAGUUCCGAUGACGAUGAGGCUGAAGAAGGAGAAGUUGAAGAUGAGAACUCAAGUGAUGUGGAGUUGGACACGUUGUCUCAGGUAGAAGAAGAGUCUCUGCUAAGAAAUGAUCUUCGUCCAGCUAACAAACUUGCUAAAGGAAAUAGGUUAUUCAUGAGAUUUGCUACAAAAGAUGACAAAAAGGAACUUGGAGCAGCAAGAAGAAGUCAGUAUUACAUGAAAUAUGGGAAUCCAAAUUACGGAGGCAUGAAAGGAAUUCUUAGUAAUUCUUGGAAGCGAAGAUACCAUUCCCGUCGCAUUCAGCGGGAUGUGAUCAAGAAGAGAACCCUGAUUGGGGACGACGUUGGCUUGACAUCCUAUGAACACCGACAUUCCGGACUAGUGAAUGUUCCUGAGGAACCCAUUGAAGAGGAGGAAGAGGAGGAGGAGGAGGAAGAGGAGGACCAGGACAUGGAUGCUGAUGACAGGGUGGUGGUGGAGUACCACGAGGAGCUCCCAGCCCUCAAGCAGACCCGGGAGCGGAGCACCUCCAGGCGGUCCAGCGCCAGCAGCUCAGACUCGGAUGAAAUGGACUAUGAUCUAGAACUGAAAAUGAUUUCCACUCCUUCACCAAAGAAGAGCAUGAAAAUGACGAUGUAUGCUGAUGAAGUGGAAUCUCAGUUGAAAAAUAUCAGGAACUCCAUGAGGGCAGAUACUCUAUCUACAAGCAAUAUAAAAAAUCGAAUUGGUAACAAAUUAACACCUGAGAAAUUUGCAGAUGUCCGACAUUUGUUAGAUGAAAAACGUCAACACACACGUCCACGGCCACCUGGCAGCAGUACUAAAACAGAUAUACGCCAGCGAUUAGGAAAAAGACCACAUUCUCCGGAAAAGGCUUUUAGUAGUAACCCAGUCGUUCGGAGAGAGCCCUUUUCUGAUGUACAUAGUAGGCUAGGUGUUCCCAGGCAAGAUGUUAAAGGCCUCUACUCUGAUACUCGGGAGAAGAAAUCAGGUAGUUUAUGGACUCGCUUAGGAUCUGCACCCAAGACCAAAGAAAAGAACACGAAGAAAGUGGAUCACAGGGCGCCCGGCACAGAGGAAGAUGACUCCGAGCUGCAAAGGGCAUGGGGGGCUCUGAUUAAGGAGAAAGAACAGUCUCGCCAGAAGAAGAGCCGCUGUUACCAGCACCCUUUUCCCAAGAAAAGUCAAUUCCCAGGUGCUUAUUGGACAGCCUUCGAGGGGGAAGAUGAGGGAAGCUGCCAGCUCACCCUUCCAGGAUCCUAGUGUGGGGGCCGAAUCUCAUGGACCUGACCUCAGAGGUGCACCCGUGCCGCCCAGGUAGAUAAGAGCCGCAGCGUCGAUCGCCCUUCGUUCCUCCCUGGGGAUUUCUGUUAGGGGGCCUUGUUAGCGAUCAGCUUGAAGUGAAGAUCAAGUUCAGUGCUGUGGGAUUUUUAGGAACAAAAAACUGUGACUUUGGGAUUUGGGGUGGAUUUUUGUGCUAGGGGUGGGGUCAUGGGUUAAUGUUGAACAAUUUUUAAAUCUGUAUUAUGUUUAAAAAAUAAUGAUUUAAAAGUU